AAUGAACCGACGUCAUUCGGUUCAAGAAAAUAUCGCGGCUUCCUUAUCCUCACACAAAGUUAAGAACUUGAAAACUGAAACUCAUUGCCGAGUGAGCGGGUAGAGUAGAUAACCAUAGAGGAACUAUCUCAUGGCUUCCCUGCGGAUUUCCCCUUCUUCUCCGGCGCCCACAACGCAGACUCAAAGAGUUCGUUCUCUUCAAAGCCACUUCCCCACAAGCCAAUCUGUUUCUUAUUACCCUCUUCAAUCCUUUCCUCACUCUCUUGCCCUUACGAUUCGAACCAUCAGAAUCAGCCGCCUAACUCCGCUCCUCUCUACCGCGACUCAAGGCCCGGUUUCCGAUUCUUCCUCAGUUGAAGUUGUCGCCGAAGAAGAGACGGUGGUGGAUGGGGAAGGGAAAGUAGUAGUAGUGGUAGAAGAAGAAGAAUUCUGUAAAAGCAGAGUGUUGGCUGCCAAUAUUCCGUGGACUUCUACUCCAGAGGACAUUCGGGCUUUGUUCGAGAAGUUCGGUACUGUUGUCGAUGUUGAGCUUUCAAUGCAUAGCAAGGGGAGGAAUAGAGGGCUGGCCUUUGUCUCUAUGGGCUCUGCCGAGGAGGCUCUUGCUGCCAUGGAGAAUCUGGAGUCUUAUGAAUACGAGGGCCGUGUGUUGAAGAUGAACUAUGCCAAGCCCAAAAAGGUGAAGCCUGCACCUGUGUUUCCGAAGCCAGCACCAACAUUCAGCUUGUUCAUUUCAAACCUGCCGUUCGAAGCCAAGGAGAAGGACGUUAAGGAGUUUUUCAUUGCAGGAGGGGCUAACGUUGCCACUGCGGAGAUAAUAUAUAAUGUGAAUCCUAGAAAGUCCUCCGGCUAUGGAUUUGUGUCCUUCAAAACUAAGAAGGAAGCUGAAGAGGCCCUUUCUGCUUUCCAAGAGAAGGAACUUUUGGGGAGACCAAUUCGAGUGGCUCGUAGCAAGCAAUUUGUAAGACCGCCGAGGACCAAAGCUCCUCCGACAAGUAGGACAACUGAGAUAAAUGAUACUGAAGAAGAAGAAGAAGCAGUUACAGCUGUUGAUGAGACCAUAUGAUCAAUUGGAAAUUCUUCUUUUCUGCUUCUUAUGAUCAAUUUUGGUAUCGCGUUGUUACGAUCACUUGACUUGCAUCCUUUCUCAUGCACACCCUGAUGUUGAGCCUAUAAAUUAUGUGAUCAUGGAUGGAAUACGUCCUCUUUUGCCUUCAUUGCAACUGCUACAAUGUCUUCCAUAUAUGCGACUUGCCACAGCAUUCCUCCAACAGCUCUGAAGUUUCGUGCUCCAUAAGUGGGGAAUUAUCUGUUCCAAAGGUGGACAUUGAGUUCAAUUAUCUUUAAUGUGGUGAUUUGUAGUUUUGUACUGCAAGGCUAACGUGAGGUUAGAACUUAGAACUGAAGAUACGAUGAAGGGAAAAUGUAGAUAAAAUCAGGUUUAAUGUAACCAAAAGUGUGUUUUGAUGAUUUGGUUUACUUGGUGGGUGUAACCAAAAGUGUGUUAUGAGGAUUUGGUUUACUUGGUGGGUUUAGAAGCCCUAAUAUUGGUUAUGGACCUGGGUCGUCGUUUUGGCCUUAAAGCGGGGCUUUGGAAGCUCCUUUUAGUUAUAACGGGUG